AUGCAAUUUUAUGUUUACAGAUUUUCGUUAGAUAAUUUUGCUGUUAACCUAUGCAAAAUUCUUGGUAUUUCAGGACUAGUCCUCUACUUAGCAUACCUGUUAUUUUUCAGCCAAUCCAGCUUCCCAUCUUCCGAAUUCUUCACCCCCUUCCAACACAUAUGGCCAGUGUCACCACCUUCUCAACAACUUAAUAGCCUCACUCAUACCAAUCAUUCCUCUCCCACCAACCUUAACCACCUUGUUUUUGGCAUUGUAGGAUCUGUCAAUGCAUGGAGACAUCGAAAGGCCUACACCGAGUCAUGGUGGCGCCCUAACGCAACACGUGGAUACCUCUUCCUUGACACACACCCCACCGAUGACCUCCUCCCCUGGCCGCCCUCUUCUCCUCCUCUUCGCGUGUCCAAUGACAUAUCCAAAAUUGUGGAAGAGUCAAAGCAUGUCGCUCCAAUCAUGGUUCGCAUGGUGCAUGGGAUUUUGGAGUUGUUUAGGGAGGGUGAUGAGGGGGUGAGGUGGUAUGUGAUGGGGGAUGACGAUUCUCUCUUUUUUGUGGACAAUUGGGUUGAUGUUUUGGAAAAAUAUGAUCACACUAAGUAUGUUUACAUUGGGGGACAUUCCGAGUUUUUUAUGUCAAAUAUUUGGUUCUUAUUUGAUCAAGGAUUUGGUGGAGCUGGAUUUGCUUUGAGUUAUCCUCUUGUUGAAGCAAUGGUGAAAGAUUUAAAAGGGUGUCUAAGAGGAUAUCCAUAUUUGAACGCAACAGAUUUGAUUACUCAGUGUGGGGACAUAAUUUUUGAAUGA